AGAAAGAGAAAGAGAGAAAGAGAGAGAGAGAGAAGGGAUUGAAUGCUUCUCUGAUCCCAUUCCUCUUGGGUUUUCGCCAUUAAUGCGUUUGAUUUCCACCACCGUCCUCGAUCUUGAAUCCCAGCCGUGAGAAAUAAGCCCUAGCUGUGUCUUGAUGUGGUUGCUGGAGGAGUGGAGCUUUGGUUUCUAUGGAUCUGAGAUGUAGGUGAAUAUGUCUGAAGCACAAGUGAAGAAACUUGGAAUUGAGAGGUGAAGUUGAUUUAAGGGAAGUAAUGGGGCAAGACAAGGUUGGUGUAAAGAGUGGUGGGUUUUUCCAUCUGUUUGAUUGGAAUCACAAAUCUAGGAAAAAGCUCUUCUCCAAUGCAACCAACUCUCAGGAAGGCUCAACUCAGGAAAAUAAAAUUGAGGAUAAUUUGUCCGUGUCUCGUCUCCGAAUGAUUGAUGAUGAUGAGAUUGCUGGUGUAUCGAGCAUCAAGGGAAGUAGUGACUUUAGUUGCGCUUCUUCUGUGACUGAUGAAGAAGGAGCUGGGAGUCGAGUUCCUGGAGUGGUAGCCAGGCUUAUGGGUCUGGAUUCAUUGCCAACUGCUUGUGUUUCAGAGCCACAUUGUACUCCCUUAUUUGAUACACGGUCUCUUCGAGGCAACCAUGGUCAGAAAAGAAACCCAGAAUUCUGCAUAAAUGAUCAAUUUAGUAAUGUGCACCAUAGAGCUGAGGUAUAUUCUAAGAAACCGAUGGAAUUGAGAACACAGAAGAUGCCGAGCAGCCCAAUUGAGAGGUUUCAAACAGAAAUGUUGCCAUUCAGAUCUGCCAAGUCUCUCCCGAUAAACCAUAGCAAGUUACUGUCACCGAUUAGGAACCCAGGGUUUACCCCCCCAAAGAAUGCAGCUCACAUAGUGGAGGCGGCUGCGAAGAUGAUUGAGCCCGGACUCCAACUGAGUACCAAGAGUAAGACUCCAUUAUUUGGGUCAUCUUCAAUUGCUCUUAAACAUCGUGAUUCAAAGGAGAGCAUAACUGUUGCACAGAGGACAUCAAAGCUGCUACAGUCAUCCAGAAAAACUGCUGACCUGAGUGAUUUUAAGCAGCUUAGAGGUCAAUCAUUGGACAGGAGUUGGAAUGGUUCAGAUGAUACUUCUGUUUCCAGGUCUACAGUGAGUUUAAACGAAAAUUAUACAGGUGAUGAAAGGGUUAGCAGGAGAUUGACUGGUGGACAAGAUUCCACUUUAUCUAGACCCACUGUCAGUGUGGAUGAAGGCAAUCAAUCUGGUCCUAGAGGUAGGGGGAGAUCAGUGUCACUUGCAAUUCAAGCUAAGGUAAAUGUCCAGAAGAGGGAGGGCUUAAGUACAUCCAGCAGGAAUACAUUAACACGCAGUGAUCGAGAUGACUGCAAACAAAAUUCAACAGUUAAGAAUUCAUCAAUUACCCAUAGGAGUAAACUGCAGAAAAAGGUGUCGACAAGCAAUGGUUCUGGUGUGCUUAGACAAAAUAACCAGAAACAGAAUUGCUCAUCAGUUAAGGAAAAGUUGCCACCAAAACAAUCUGUUUCUAGCCAGCAGGGUAGGAAAGUUCUUUCUGGAGAUACCUCUUCUACAAGGGUCAGAAACCUGAAUAAACUCAAUGGAAACAACAAGAAUGGUUAUGAGAAGGAAAGUAUGGUGGUGUCCUCUGAUUUUGACAAGGAAGGCUUAUCAUCAAUCAACAAGGAUUUCCCUCGAAAAAAGAGAUUGAUAGAGAGGACCUUCUAUCUUGAGAAAAGUAUGUUCACGGAUAAUACGUUGUCGAAUAAGUAUGGAAAGCAUGUUAAACCCAAUAUUGUGAUCGGUGAGCAUUCAAGCGCAAAGGAGGAUAAUGGAAGAAAUGGAACUGACGUUGUAUCAUUUACAUUCACCUCUCCAAUGAUAAAAUCAGUGCCUGGGCAGUCCUAUUCUCAGGCAGCUGACAAAUGGGAUAAAAGUAAUGUAUACAGUUUUACCACCAGUCAUGAAAAACUUGGCUUGAACCGCAAUGAGGAAAGAUCACGUUCCCUUGGGUUAAAUGCUAUAAAGGGUGAUGCUUUAAGUCUCCUUUUGGAACAAAAAUUGCGAGAGUUGACAUCUGGGGAUAAGUUUGCUGAAGCGGGUCCUCGGGCAAAUUCUGCUCCUGUUCUGCAGGGAUCAUCUGCAUUUGACAGCCCUUCCACUUCAGUAUCGGAACAUGAUAGUGAAAUCACACGUAGGUCUUGGAAAGAUAAUCUGGGCAUUGUAUUUGACUAUGGCAGUUCAUCUAGUAAUGAUCAAGUGCAUAAAAUAAGCCAUAAAUCACAGGUAACUGAAGGGAUACAAUGUAGCACAAGCAGCGAUGCCCAUAAGAUGCCUGACCAUCAGCAUCCAAGUCCUAUGUCCAUUCUUGAAGUUUCCUUUUCGAAUGAGAGCUGCAACUCAUCUGAGAGCUCGACCAGCAUCAAUGCAGGAGGCAAGUGUUCAUCUGCCCAGACUCAAAGCUUUACCAACGCAAAUGCUACAAACAAAACCACAACAUCAGAAUCUGAGAUAGAUUUAUCUGAUUCCGCCUCGUCCUCAUUUACUGAAACAGCAGAUGCAGCAUCCGAAGAUCUGAAUGGUUUGGAUUACGUAAAAGACAUAUUAUUCAGCACAGGAUCAAUGUUCAAGGAUUUAGGAUCAUGUUAUGUGGCUCAUGUCGGAGAAGCCUUGGAUCCCCUUCUCUACGAAAAACUAGAAAACAAGAGAAGCAAGGAAAGCAGAUUGAAGAGGAAGGUCUUAUUUGAUUGUGUGAAUGAAUGCUUAGACUUGAAAUGUGGCCGAUAUUUUCGAGCGGGAUACCGAACAUGGUCUCAAGGAGUGGCUGUCGUCGGAAAAGAUCUAGCCGAGGAGCUCUAUCAGGAAAUCUCAAGCUGGAAAAGCAUGGGGGAUUGGAUGGUUGAUGAACUUGUGGACAAAGACAUGAGCAGUCAUUUAGGAAGGUGGACUGAUUUUCAGAUUGAAUCAUUUGAAGCUGGAGUUGACAUUGAAGAACAGAUACUGAGUUCUUUAAUUGAUGAACUUGUUACUGAUUCAUGUGUCUAGAGAGGUUUAAAAAAAAAGAAAAGAAAAGAAAAAAAGCAGGUAUGAGAUUGAAACUGUAAGCUCUGACAACUCUUGCAAUUUUCUUGUUUAUUUUAUUUUUAUUAUCUAUU